GAGAGAGAGAGAGAGAGAGAGAGAGAGAGUCAGGAAGAUUUACGCGUUAUAUGUUGAUUAAUCAGGUAAUGAGGAUGGAAACACGUGGCGGUAGUGGUGGUGGAGGUGGUUGUCAAGGCAACGAGAUGACGCCUGGCUAGCUGGGCGUGCCUUCCCCUCCCUCGCUCGCAUGAAGGAAGCGUCUUGUUGUUGUGGUCGUUAAGACCAUGUAUCCGGACCUGUCGACCUGAUUUGCCACUCCCAAAGCCGAGAAUAAUUCGAAGGGCGGAUAACACCAGACUGUGUUGCCUGCAGAAGACUGUAGACUGACGAUCUUCGGCAGGCGGCUGUGCAAGUGGUGAACGUUGUGUCAGAAUGAAUGACCCACCGGAUAUAAAGAUUGGUUUCGCCAAAGACAAGUGGCAGAAGACCAAGGCCACUAGUGACAUGAUUUCUAAGAAUGAUGAAGAAAUUAUCAGGGCAGUUCUGGCUAAGUUCCAUGUCCCUAAGAAGGUGGUGGAGCCUAGUCCCUACGUGCCGCCCCCAGAGCAGGAACUCUUUGAACACAGUGGCCGCUCUGUUCGCCAGCAGCACAAGGAUCUUGCUAAGAGUGGUAAGGACCCCCUGGCAGUGUCAAAAGUGAGGAAGGGGACUCAAGGCAGACCGAGGGACACUGAGCAGCUUGGGCCGCCACGCCGCCGACAUGUUGGGGGCCCCAGCCUGCAGCCCCUCACAGCCAGGGAGUACCUGAGCACAGCGCGCACCACAGCCCGUGAUAAGAACCUAGCACGUGUUGCUGAUGUGGAGUCCCAGCGCCUACAGGAGGAGCUGCAGCAGGAGAGGGCUGUCAAUGCUGACCUGGAGACUCAGCUCAAUUAUCAUGAGGCAGCUCUUCAAGAAUUCCUUCAGUACCACUACAAAGAAGUAACCGAGACCAUGACAAGAGGUGACAUUGCCAAACACAAAAUGUCAGAGCAGGACAUACGUAUUGACUAUUACUCCGGUCUGUUGGCUGAGGCUAAGACUGUGCAGGAGGAGGAAGAGGAGAGGUUACAGGAGCUGACAGCCUUUCAGCAGUUCUUAGCAGCUGUCACUCCAUCACAGUCUUUAAAAGACCUGAAAAGAAAGAUUCAUGAAAUCCAUGAGAAAGUCAAGGAGUCAUCAUCCUACAUAGCAGGCAGACCUCUAGAGGGAUCUGAUAUUGCUGAUCUGGCCCGAGCUGUCACUGUUGCAACAACAGACAAUUCUCAGGCUGUUUCACCCAGAGGUGAGGGAGGUCCUGGUGGCACACUUGGAACCGACCUUUCCCUUCUCCGCAUGCUGAGGACGGAUGUGCCCCAGAGCAGGUCCUCCUCGAGGUUGGGCAACAGACAGGCAUUACUGCAGGUUGUGGAGAGCUCAGAUGACCAGGUGGCAGUUAUCAAGGAAGACAGUGAAGCCUGUGACCAUGGAGCUUUUGAUGAGUUCUUGGGUGAUGAUGAACACUUGGUUAAUCUGGCCAGUGUGUAUGAGUCUCAGUGCCAUGCCCUUCUUGCCCUCCUCACCAGAAUACAGAACCAAACAGAGGCUUUGAACAAAGAAGUAGACAGUCGGCAGACAAAGCUAAACAGUCGCCUUCAGGAAAUAGAGCAGCUGCAGGAAAAAGCCCGAGGGGGAGGCCACGGACAGCUGCAGGACCUCCAGACACUGAUUAGGGAAUGGCCUAGAUUGUCAGGAGAUGCUGAGGCACAGGCACAGCUGGAUCAACUUGUGGCUCAGAUUGCAGAAGUAGUGAGUGAUGUGUUUGGGUCCAGCAAGUACUCUCCUUUGGUCCCCCAAGCAAUGCCUGAGGUACCCCCACUCAGGAAAUUGGCCCCUGAAAAUGCAGCAAAGAUCAAAGGAGGAGGGUCAGAGGACAGAUCUAGUACAGACAAGGAGAGCCAAGUUAACAUGAAGCUGAGUGAGCCGACAGUCAGUGCUGGGAUGGGGCAGGAGGCUCUGCUGGCACUCCUGGAGGCCAGAGUGACAGACCUUUGUGCUCAGCUAGACAACAUUGAUCCCAGCCUGAGGAAUGCCAUUUUCUUGAACUGCGAACAGUCCCGCCAAGCUCGCCUCAAGGAAGAAAAGCGACAGGAGGCUGAGAUGCGGAGAGCUGAGAGGAAGCAGCGGCACCUGGAACGAGCCAUGGCUGAGCCUCCUGCCCGGCCACUGUGAGGGUUGGUGUCUC